UUGAGCGAGCGAUUGUAAUUCCGAAAGGCAUUGAUCUUCAUGCCAAGCGAAACUCGGAGGAUAUUUUCUCUUGGCAUUUUAUUGCACAUUUAGUCUCGUUUGAAAAGCCACGAGUGUCAUGGAUCUACUCCUUGAUUGCAAUGGACAAGUUUUUUUACUGAGAUCUUUUUGGGUUUGGCUCUGUUUAGUCUGGUUAGGAUCGUAUCUCCCACAAUCGCAGUCAGCAAAUCUGCAAUGGCAAACUCAACCAGUAGAACAAACUGUGAAUGAAGGCAACACUGCCAAUUUUUCUUGUUCGGCGACAUACUCUAAAAAGAUACAUGGGUACGAUUGGGAAUUAAACAAUCAGUCUUUACCGAGAGACAGUCGCUUUACCAAAAAGGACGAUGGUAGAACGUUAGAAAUAUCUAACGUUAAGUUUGAGGAUCGAGGAAAUUAUAGAUGUGUGGCCAUCAGGAAAGGUAAAUCUUUAGGCAAGAGUCAGAACGCGGCCUUAAAUGUCAAAGGAAUUUGCUCAGUGAUUCAAGCAACCAUUAAGCCCUCGGGCAAAAAAUUCUUAACAGGGACUGAUUUACAACUAAGAUGUAAAUGUUACAUUUAUCCGCCGGGGACAUAUGUUUGGCAAAAAGAUGGGAAAGAGGUUGUCACCAAUGCAAGAGUUAUGAUCAGUCGCAACAAACUGUUUAUCAACAAUGCAACUGAAAGCGACAGUGGUGAUUACUCUUGUUCAGCAACCACGCAGGAUGGGUCAGUUACCAAAGUGGCACCAUCUAUGUUGUCUGUAACUGUUGUUGUUGGACGAGAUCCUCAAUUUCAAGUUCGUCCUCCAAAGGAGAGAAUAGUUACACAGGGUAGCCAAGUAGUCCUCCCUUGUAAAGCUAUCGGCAGCCCAACUCCUGAAAUUAAGUGGUAUGCAGGGAGUGCUCGUAACCCAUUGCAAAGCUCAUCUAAAUACACAGUUCAUGAUAAUGGAACACUAGUGAUAACCAAUUUUAACAAACAGUAUGAACAAAAAUACAAGUGUACAGCAACAAGCUUGGCUGGGGAAAAGACUGCAGAAAGCACUUUGAUAAUUGCCUACUUGAAUGAUGUUACCCUAGAGCAAACCAAAGUUUAUGUUUUGCUUAAUGACCCUUUGGAAAUAGUGUGCAAUCCACCUAAAGCAAAGCCAACUGCGUCAAUAACAUGGCUCAAGGAAGGGGGAGGAGAUCUGCCAAAGAGAUUUGAUACAAAAGGUUGUUGUAUUCUUCGGAACAAUAAAACAAAGCUUAGUGAUGCUGGAAGUUACACUUGUACAGCAAAAAACCAGGCUGGAAAUAAAUCAGAAACUGUUGAAAUUAUAGUUGCUGUGCAACCAAAGAUUGCCUCAAAACCCAGAAACCAAUCCCUUAAAGAAGAUGAAAAAGCUGUUCUUGAUUGCAAAGCUAAAACCACACCAGCCCCCAAUAUAUCGUGGUACAAAGGUGACAAACCUGUAAAGGUGGACCAGAAGCGGAUUUUUCAAUUUACAAAUGGAACUCUAGUCAUAAACAAAGUUAUGCCAGAUGAUUUAGGAUGGUACGAGUGUACAGCCGAUGUAGCAUCUUGGUCAGACAGUGCUGAGGCUAAUGUUCAUGUAAUGGGUAAGUAAGGCAACGUCUUGACUGACGAUUGGAUCGUCUUACAUGGAAUUGUUCUGUGUUCUGUGUGAACCUGUAUUAAGCUGUCAACCGCAGGAUUCCAGCUAAAGUGAAGGUAACCCUAUAAACUCUAACACUAGUGUGGGGAUGUGGAUUCUCUAUGAAUUGUUUUGGUACAGACCAGGAAAUUGUGAUCAAGAGCUUCUUCAAGUGAUGUCUGUACCACAAAGGAGACUAAAUGGCCAAGUAGAGCUUUAUCCUCUUGAUUUUUGAUUCUUGGCCUGUUGAUUUGGAGUAUCGGCUGCUUGAGUUGAAAUCUUGGCCUCAUGAUUUGGAGUCCAGGUUAAAGAUAAUGAAACUAUUUUAGAAA